GAAGAGGAUCAAUAAGGUGUUGAGAGCAGUCUCCGUCGGCACAGAAAGGGAGAAACAUCAGAGCAGAGGGAAGCUGUGGACAUUCACAAGAUGGUGAAGAUGCAGUGGAGUCUGUUGGUGUUGAUUGUGAUGGGUCAGUGUUCCUCCAUUGGGGGUCAGCUGUGUGACUACCACUUCAUUGGAUAUGAGAAGACCUGGGAAGAAGCCCAGAAGUAUUGCAGAAAGAACCACACUGACCUGGCCACAGUGUCUAACCAGACAGACAUGCAGAGACUCCUUAACUCCACGACUGAACAGUAUCAAGGCGGAGCCUGGAUUGGGCUGCAAAACAAAACAACAAACACUGUGUGUCGCUGGUCUCAGUCAGGGGUGGAGUUCAAUGAGACUGAGAGUGAAUGGUCUCCAGGACAGCCGGAUAAUAAAGGCAAUCAGGAGAUCUGUGUGAGGAUGAAGAAUGACAAAUGGGAUGAAGAGUCUUGUUCUACAAAAUCUAACUUUAUCUGCUAUGAUGAACACAAGACCGGCCAAACAUUUCAUAUCAUUGAAGAUAAGAAUAAGAUGACCUGGCCAGAGGCUCAGAGCUACUGCAGAGAAAAUCACACUGACCUGAUCAGUGGAGUCAACCAGCUAAAAGACUUCAAGACACAGUACCCAAAUCAUGCAAAAACACCUGUCUGGAUCGGCCUGUUCAGAGACUGCUGGAUGAUCCUGAUCAAGAAGAACAUGACCUGGGUGGAAGCGUUAUCCUACUGCAGAGAUCACUAUCGUGACCUUGUCUCCAUCACCAACCAGGACGAGCAGCUCUGGGUCCAGGAGAGAGCCAAGAUGGCCUCCACUCCCUACGUGUGGCUGGGACUGCGCUACACCUGCACUCUGGACCUCUGGUUCUGGGUCACUGGCGAGAUGGUCUGCUACAACAACUGGGGCCCCGACCAGCCUGGGGACGACUGCACCACGUCUGGAGCCAUGGACCGAGAGGGAACGUGGGUCAAAAAAGACGACGACAACCAGCUUAAUUUCAUCUGUUCCAAGUAA